GCUGUGCGAUAUAAUGCAGCUUUUUUUUUAACUAGUAAUCUAGGAUUGUGGGUGGCAAAAAUUUAUGAAAAAGCAAUAACUAAAUGCAGGGAAUGAAACAAGUGGACUAGGUAUAGAGAAGUAGCAGGUGGAGAAAGGAGUGUGGGAGGGUAGACUGGGAGGAGAGAGGAGACAGCAGAGGAAGAAACGGGAGAGAUUUGUCUGGGAGGGGAGAAAAAAAAAUCAGGAAAAGAGGAGCGAGGCAGGCGGGGAGGAGUGGUGACAUUGGGAGGUGCACAGGAGACACUGCCCUGCUCUUGGGAUCCAAGGCUCAUGGAGCGGCUGCUGCUGGGAGUGCAGCCCGGGCACAUCUGACCUGCUGUCACUACACUUACAACUUUGUGACUGAGCAACAACAGAGCGCCAGGAAGGGAUCCCCAGCCUUUGUUGUGCUCUACUACUGUACGCUGUCGGUGGUGUGAUCUUGAGGUUGUGCUUGGGGUGUUUGUGUGUAGUGCUGCGAUUUUGAGGUUUUGUUUGUGUUGUUACAGUGUAGUAUUGUGAUCUUGUGGUUGUGUAGUUUUGUGUGAGUCCUGGCUGUAGUGUUGUGAUCUAAGCAUGUAGUGUUGUGUGUUUAUACAAUAGAGAUUUGUGUAUAUGUUUGGGUUGUGUAGUUUUAUUGUGGCUACAUGUGUGUUACAUGACAGUUGUGAUUUGUGGCUCUGUGUUUAGCCUGGUUUGUUUGUUGUUAUUUGUAUGUGCGUGGAGUUGUGUCUCUGUGUUCUUUGCUGUGGCCGCUGAUCUUGGUCCCUCGUCAUCAUGCCGGAUCAAAUUAGUGUGGUAGAAUUUGUCGCUGAGACCAAUGAGGAUUACAAGUCCCCUACAGCUUCCAACUUCACCACCAGGAUGACCCAGUGCAGGAACACUGUCACAGCCAUCGAGGAGGCUCUAGAUGUGGACAGAACAAUUCUCUAUAAAAUGAAGAAAGCUGUAAAAUCCAUUAACACAUCGGGCUUGGCCCAUGUGGAAAAUGAAGAACAAUACACCCAAGCACUGGAGAAAUUUGGAGGGAAUUGCGUCUGCAGAGAUGACCCCGACUUAGGCACUGCGUUCCUGAAAUUUUCGGUCUUUACAAAGGAGCUGACUGCUCUUUUCAAAAACCUGGUGCAGAAUAUGAACAACAUCAUUACCUUCCCAUUGGAUAGCUUACUGAAGGGAGACCUUAAAGGAGUCAAAGGGGAUUUGAAAAAACCAUUUGAUAAAGCGUGGAAAGAUUAUGAAACAAAAGUGACCAAAAUAGAAAAGGAAAAAAAGGAACACGCUAAGCUGCAUGGCAUGAUACGGACGGAAAUCAGUGGCGCUGAAAUUGCUGAGGAGAUGGAGAAAGAAAGACGAUUCUUUCAGCUUCAGAUGUGCGAGUACCUGCUGAAAGUGAAUGAAAUAAAGAUUAAAAAAGGAGUUGAUCUGCUGCAAAACUUAAUAAAGUAUUUUCACGCACAGUGCAAUUUUUUCCAGGAUGGACUUAAAGCUGUUGAAAACCUUAAACCGUCCAUUGAAAAGCUGUCAACAGAUCUCCAUACAAUCAAACAAGUCCAAGAUGAAGAAAGAAAACAACUGAGUCAGCUUAGAGACAUCUUAAAAACAGCAUUACAAGUGGAGCAAAAGGAGGACUCACAAAACCGCCAGAGCACGGCGUACAGUUUACAUCAACCACAAGGAAACAAGGAACACGGCACUGAGAGAAGUGGCUACCUCUAUAAAAAGAGUGAUGGGUUAAGAAAGGUUUGGCAGAAGAGGAAAUGCUCUGUAAAGAAUGGGUUUCUAACUAUAUCUCAUGGCACUGCUAACAUUCCACCUGCAAAGCUGAACCUGCUCACCUGUCAAGUAAAAACAAACCCUGAGGAGAAAAAGAAUUUUGACCUCAUCUCUCAUGAUCGGACUUAUCAUUUUCAAGCAGAGGAUGAACAGGAUUGCCAAAUAUGGAUGUCUGUGCUGCAAAACAGCAAAGAGGAAGCUUUGAACAAUGCAUUCAAAGGGGACCACAGUACUGGGGAAAACAACAUUGUGCAAGAACUCACCAAGGAAAUCAUAUCUGAUAUCCAGAGAAUGGCAGGCAACGAUGUGUGCUGUGACUGUGGCGCACCAGAGCCUACUUGGCUUUCCACAAACCUGGGAAUACUGACCUGUAUCGAAUGCUCAGGAAUUCACCGGGAGCUUGGUGUGCACUACUCCAGAAUUCAGUCACUCACAUUGGAUGUACUGGGGACCUCCGAGCUUCUGCUUGCCAAAAAUAUUGGUAAUUGGGGGUUUAAUGAGAUUAUGGAGGCCUGUCUGCCUAUUGAUGACUCGGUGAAGCCUGCACCCAGCAGUGACAUGAAUGCAAGGAAAGAUUACAUUACUGCAAAGUAUAUUGAGAAAAAGUACGCCAGGAAAAAAUACACUGAUAACUCUUCAAAAUUGCACAACUUAUGUGAAGCUGUGAAAAGCAGAGACAUACUUGCACUGGUGCAGUUACAUGCAGAUGGUGUGGAUCUAACAGAAACCAUUCCCCUGGCUAAUGGGCACGAACAAGGUGAGACGGCCCUUCAUCUCGCUGUCAGAUCGGUUGACCGCACUUCUCUACACAUUGUUGACUUUCUGGUACAAAACAGUGGGAACUUGGACAAACAGACUGUGAAGGGCAGCACCGCGCUUCACUACUGCUGCUUAACGGACAAUGCAGAGUGCCUUAAACUACUGCUCAGAGGGAAAGCUUCCAUUGAAAUAGCCAAUGAAGCAGGAGAAACUCCCCUGGACAUAGCAAAGCGAUUGAAGCAUGCACAAUGUGAAGACUUGCUUAUGCAAGCCUUGUCUGGAAGGUUUAAUUCUCAUGUUCAUGUUGAAUAUGAAUGGAGGUUACAUCAUAUGGAUCUGGACGAAAGUGAUGAUGAUGUGGAUGAAAAAUUACAGCAGCCCAGCCCUAACCGGAGGGAAGACAGACCUGUCAGUUUUUACCAUUUAGGACAAAACCAGAUGCAGCCCAGUGUUGCAUGCUUAGCCAGAGAUGCAGCUAAUAUUGCUAAAGACAAACAGAGAAACUUCCUGCCAAGUCUGCUGCAGAAUGAAACCUACGGAGCAGUUCUCAGUAACAGCAAUACCUCUGGGAAUACUGCAGUUCCUGUUACAAGUGCCCCUCCAUUACCUCCAAGGAACAUUGUCAAAGUUCAGUCAACUAUUUUUGGCAGUAGCUUUCACGCCACACCUUCCAACCCCCCAUCCUGGAAAGCUAAUCCUGUAGGAUUUGAAAGUGGCAGCAGACAGAGGUCUUCAUCUGAUCCGCCAGCUAUUCACCCCCCUGUACCACCACUGCGUGUAACCUCCACCGCCACAAACCAACCGCCACCUCCAGUCGCUAAGACGGCCAGCGUUAUGGAAGCACUAAGCCAGCAGUCAAAACAGAUGCCUGCGCCACCAAUUCCACAAAACAAACCUGUUCCUCCGCCUGUACCACCUCAGCCGCCAAAUCGUAUUUCACAAAAAAAGCCUGUGCCCGGGACAGAUAAACCCACUGCAGUGACAAAGCCCCCAAUUACAGGUUCAUCAUCAUUACAGGCUCCUACUACAGGAGACGCAUCCUCUGACACAGCACUCUCACAGUCUGGACCAAAACCCACAGCCCCAGUAAUGCCACCUGCACCAAUGCCUCGGAAAUCUCAGAUGGUAAAAGUAAAGACUAAGAGGGUAAAGGCAAUAUACAACUGCAUGGCCGACAACCCGGAUGAGCUCACUUUUUUAGAGGGGGAAAUCAUUGUGGUGGAUGGAGAAGAAGACCAGGAGUGGUGGAUUGGCCACAUUGAUGGUGAACCAACUCGAAGAGGAGCUUUUUCCUGUGUCAUUUGUGCACUUUAUUGUUGAAUAAUUACCAAACCUUGCGACAUGAAAGAAACACAGCCAUAGACAACCCCACUGCUCUUCUGACAAGCAAGAGACAUAGAACUUCAGAAACCAGAUCCUGGGAAAAAAAGCAACAAAUUAAGACCACUACCGAAACGCUCAGUUUAGCAGCUGACAACUCUUUUGCUACAAACUGACCAAAAGAUAAAAAAUCCAAAAUACAACAUUUUUAGGAGCCUUCUACACUUUGUAUAUUUAUUUUUCCUUGAAGGAAGUUUCUUAUCAAUCAGAUGUAGAUAUUCAUGUUGAACACUAGCGUUUUCUGUCAUAUGUUAAUUCUCUAAUGUUUGUUUGUACCAAAUUUGCCUUUUUAUAGCUUAUGGUUUAUUCAUGGUGUUAUAAAUCCUUUCAUUGUUAGACAGGGUCCAGAAGUACAUUGCAGGGCAAUGCACACAUGACCCACGUGCAACUAAAGAAUGACAACUUUAGGGAAUAUAUUUUUGUUUUCUGUUUAGUAAAUUAAUGCUUUUUAUAUAUAAAUAAUUGUUUAGCUUUUUGUGAAUUCUUCAAAUAAACAAUUAGCUCAGAUGCGUAACGGAAACUGUAUAUGGCAUAUGUUGCAUUUAGUUCAGUGGUUGACAACGUUCGGGGCAUUUUGUGACUGUCAAAAGAUAUAAUAGUGGAGGUCUGCACUUUAAUACCACCAUUGCAUGAUUCAGUAUAACAUCUAUGGAAUUUCAGAUUAGAGUUUUUUUUAAUAGAGUUAUCAACUUUUACCCCUGUACUGCUAAAAAAAUAGUUAUAUAGUAAAAGAUUGAGUUUUCUUAUGUUCAUUUUCAGUUUUUUUGCCUAAAAUGUCCCUUUAAACUGAAAAUGAACAUAAGAAAACUCAAUCUUUUACAAUAUAACUAUUUUUUCCUUUAGAUGACAUGCUGUUGAUUUUUUAUUUUGUGUAGGACGACUAAAGACUUUCAGAGGAUGUUUAGGACCAGUGAUCCAAGUUCCAUUUUGAUUUUGUUGUUAAUUAGUUUUCUCUGUUGCAUGUGUGGCCUUUAUGUACUAGUAACGUUUUUGUGCAGUGUACGCUGCUUUUUGCACAUCUCAUUAGUGACAGAAUUCAGGACUUGUCGGCGCUGUACCAUUCACUAAUAUAAAUUAUUUUAGCAUUAUUUUAAUAGGGUUAAACUACUUAAAUUCCUUGUUUAUAUUUACUGCAGUGCCCUUUAACAGUUUCUCCACAUUGCACUAAUCUAUAGCUAUCCCUUCCCGCAUUAAGCAGCAGAACGUCACAUAUGACAUAAAGUCACAAAGUUCUAGUCAUUUCCUUACAAGAUCACAGUGUUUAUAACUAUUAGGGUUCUGUUUUUGUUUUAACUGUUAGAAAUUUUUUAUUUCUUUUGGGGGUUUUUUAUUUAAAAUUAUUUUCCCAACCAUUGACCAGUAGUUCUUUUUUAUGUUAAUAAAAUGAGGACAGGACAUUAUGAAGCACAAAAUGUUAGGGUUCUAACCACUUUUCUAUUUUGAUAGUAAUUCUAUCUUAGAAGUGAUUUUUUUCUGUCUUUUUUGGUGCUAACCCCGUGUCCUCAAUAGGGCAAACACAAUGCAGAUAUGAAGCUGAUAUUUCAUGCAAUAAAGGGACAAUGAACCCAAAUGUUUUCUUUUGUGAUUCAGACAGAGCAUGAAAUUUUAAGCAACUUUCUAAUUUACUCCUAUUAUCAAAUGUUCUUUAUUCUCUUGGUAUCUUUAUUUGAAAUGCAAGAAUGUAAGUUUAGAUGCCGGCCCAUUUUUGGUGAACAACCUAGGUUGUCCUUGCUGAUUGGUGGAUAAAUUCAUCCACCAAUCAAAAACUACUGUCCAGAGGUCUGAACCAAGAAAAAAGCUUAGAUGCCUUCUUUUUCAUAUAAAGAUAGCAAUAGAAUGAAGAAACAUUGAUAAUAGGAGUAAAUUAGAAAGUUGCUUAAAAUUGCAUGCUCUAUCUGAUUCAAGAAAGAAAACUUUUGGGUUCCGUGUCCCUUUAAGGCCUCUGCAUACACGGAAGUAAACACUGGCUGCUGUGUUAUCUGGGGCCACAUGAUGGACUAAUGGGCUCUGAGCGUUCCUUCCAGGAACAUUUCUGCACAUGUAGUCGUGAUCUACUCUUUCCAUAGUAACAAGUAGGACUUAUAAUAGGCUCUUGGCUACCAAAGAGCUCUAUCAGACGGCCAGGGGGUAGAUCAUAGGCCAGAAAGUGUUGCGAGAACCAGUUAUUGCAAUGUUAUAUUAGUGCAAAAAAGCUAAAGGUAUGUUUUCCACAGCAAAAGACACUAUAAUUAAUUAUAGACCUGGUUUCUUAUUAUACUUCGUAUAUACUUGAAUAGCUGAUCAAAGCCAAUGGUGUAUUUUUAUGUCUGAUGUAACAAUAUAAAGUGGAAUAAAAAGCAGGGAAGUUCUAAUAUUUUCAAGUGUUGGUCCUAAAUGUGCCAGCAUUCUGGGUCAAUUAUAUCUUAGAGCUUCACAUAUAAAGUAUUUUUUUCAUCGUCUUUAUCAUUACAAUUAGACUUGUAAAUCACAACACUAUGGCUGAUCUAUAAUGUAAGCUGCAAGUAGGAUGAAAGAAAAAUACCCCAAGAAAUCAUCAGCUGUGUAUUGUAUGAACCUCCUAAAGUAAGCUGAUUGUCACACUGGAACGUAACUGUCAGUCAUUAUACCUCUCAGUGCUGGAAAAAACUACGCAAACCACAAAGUUAUACAGCUGUUCUUAUGUUCUACUAAAACCAGUCAUGUUUAUUUUGUAAUCCCUGGGGACCAAACAUUUAUAUUAUUUUGUUCUUUUUUCUGCAAAUAGACAAAUUAUUGAUGUUUUUUAACUGUUAUAAGGGAUUUUUGUUUGAUUAAAAAUGUGAUCAAUCAGGUAUUUUUAUAUUAACCUUGGCACUAACACUGGAUUUGAAAUAAAAAAAAAUAUGGCAACAUAA